AUGCUGAAAGUAAAAAAUCUGAAUUAUGCAUCAUUUAAUACCAUACUUUUUCAAAGAAGUUCUGUUAUAAUUUUAGAUUUAGUAUUUACUUAUGGAGUUAAAGAAAUUGGAAAAGUAUUUUGCGACACUUUUGAUGAAUAUGUUAUGUUCAUAGUUUUUUCUUUAUGCAAUAUGGGAUUGUUAGUAGUGGAUCAUAUACAUUUUCAAUAUAAUGGGUUCUUACUUGGUAUUUUUCUACUUGCUAUUGCAAAUGUUUCUAAAAUAAAUAAACAGAUAUCUAUUUUAUAUGGAACAUUGUGCUUUGCCUUGUUAUUAAACUUAAAACAUAUUUAUUUAUAUGUUGCACCAGUGUUUAUAGUAUGGUUACUUAGAUCAUAUUGCAUGAACAAUGGCUCAUUUUUUAGACGUUUAUUUAUACUUGGAAGCAUAGUUUUUAUUACUCUGAUAAUUUCAUUUGGUCCAUUUGUUUUGCAAUUACCUCAGGUUAUUUCCAUUCAAAAGAGGUUUAGUACAUGCAUAUUGGGCAGCAAAUGUUUGGGCAUUAUAUAUAGCUAUAGAUAA